UGAAAAGGAAAAGAAGAGGAAAGAAGCAGAAGAAGAAGAAGAAGAAGAAGGGGGGGAAAAAAAAAUAAAAACGCCGGAGUGUUGUUCCGUGAUCGUCAGAUAGAGAGACAGAGCAGAGAGAAGAGCGUGUCAUCAGGCUUUAGAGCGGAGGUUGACUCACUCCUGUAACUGCAGAGUGACUUGUCUCGGCUGGAUUUGACUGCUGAAGGUGUGAAGCUGCUGACUUUAGCCUGAACUUUGCGCAACCUGAGAGGAUCUUUAGUUUAGUUCAGCUUCUUUUUGUUUUUUCUUUUUUUUUAAAAAAACCGCCUGUGACUCAAUAACAAUACACACACAGAGAAAACAGCAAAAAAUAUUGAUUCUAAGCUGCAGUAUCUGUAACAUGCUUUAAUUUAGUCUUAAAGGAGCGUAAUUGCACUUUGUCUUUGCCAACUCUUCUCUGGAUAAAAUUAACAACGUCUCGAGACAGGGGAUUUUUUUUGCUAUUUUUUUCCUGUUCGUGCCUUUUUAUCGGCGAGGAUUUUUGAAAAAAAAACAAAAAAACAAAACAAAAAAAAAACUCAAUCUACCCACUGAACUCUUCCUCUUUCCUGGAUCAUGUACCAGGACUACUCCGGGAACUACGACACCUCGUCCCGCGGCAGCAGCACCUCUCCGGCCCAGCCAGACUCCUUCACGAGCGGCAGCAGCACGAUCGGAAGUCCGAUCUCUACCUCAAGUUACCAGAAGUACAGGGUCGACAUGCCCGGCUCCAACAGUGCCUUCAUACCCACCAUUAAUGCAAUCACAACCAGCCAAGACCUGCAGUGGAUGGUGCAGCCCACAGUCAUCACCUCCAUGUCCAACCCUUACUCCCGCUCCCACCCGUACGGCCAUCACCUGACCAGUGGGCCGGGGCUGCUGGGACACAACACGCUGGCCCGACCCGGGGUCAUCCGCUCCAUCGGGGACACCAGAGGCCGACGCAAGAGGGACGAGCAGCUCACCCCAGAGGAAGAGGAAAAAAGGAGGGUGAGGCGCGAGCGGAACAAGUUAGCCGCUGCCAAAUGCCGCAACCGCAGACGGGAGCUCACAGAGAUGCUGCAAGGGGAGACGGAGAAGCUGGAGGAGGAGAAGGCAGACCUGCAGAAGGAGAUUGAGACCCUGCAGAAGGAGAAAGACAAGCUGGAGUUCAUGCUUGUUGCCCACAAUCCCGUGUGCAAGCUGCCCAUGGAGGACCGCCACCAGUCAUCAGGACACCAGCAUCACCAGGAGCAGUGCAACCCACUCCCUCUGACCAUGCGACACAACAUGGGCAGCCGGAUGAGCCAUGUGGUGGUGAAGCAGGAGCCAGAGGACGACGACGACGACGACGACGAUGACGAUGAGGGGGACAUGGGUAAACCUCAGCACUCGGUCAUCAAACCCAUCUGCCUGGGCGGUGGCGGGAUAUACUGCACGGAUGGCGACAGCCUGAACACACCGGUAGUGGCGGCGUCCACCCCGGCUGCCACGCCCAACGCCCCGAGCCUCAUUUUCACCUACCCGAGCAUGCUGGAGCCCGAGAGCCCGUCGCCUUCCUCCGAGUCGUGCUCCAAGGCUCACCGGCGCAGCAGCAGCAGCGGCGACCAGUCCUCAGACUCCCUCAACUCCCCCACCCUCCUAGCUCUCUGAGCGAGGGCCCGGCUCAGCUCGGCGCGGCUCGACUCGACUCAGCAAGGCUGAGAAAAACAAACACUGUGGUUGGCGGGGUGACUGCUCGCCUCCCUUCGGUUUCCUUUGAAGAGCACAUUGAAAAAGUCCAGACCAAGCUGACCAUGUGAGCUGUUUCCCCUCUGCGGGGGAGACCCACAAGGGCUACGUGUUUCUUCUUGUUCUGCUUCAGUGUAAACAUUUUUUUUUUUUCUAAAUAUUAUUAUUAUUGUUAUUAUUAUUAUUAUUAUUCGUAGAAGUGCGUGCACCAAUCCUGAAGCGUGUCAUCCCUUCGCCAUUUCAAUCUCAAGUGUCAACUUGUUUACCGGGCCAGACAAUUGUGAGUUAGUGACUUAAAACCAGAGCGUGUGUUCUGAAUUAAUAUAUAUAUAUAUAUAUGUAUAUAUAUAUAUAUAUAUUUCUGAACCUGUUGAAUAAAGCCAUGCUGACGCUUGCACUCUGCCAAGACGAAUCAAUAAAUCUUUGAACGAGGUCUUUCUGAGGAGAGAAGGAGACAAUGA